UAAACAUUUAUUUUAUGUAUAUAAGUGUUUUGCAUGCAUAUAUGUUUGUGCACCACGUGCCCUCAAAGGUCAUAAAAAGGCAUCAAAUCCCCUGGAACUGGAGUACAGCUGGUUGGUGAGCUGGCGGAUGAGUGCUGGGACCAAAACUAGGUCUUCUGCAAAAGAGGCAAGCGUUAUUAACUACUGAGCCAUCUCUAAUGCCAGCUCCAAGGUUAAUUUAUAUUUUAAUCUCGUGUGUGUGUGUGUGUGUGUGUGUGUGUGUGUGUGUGUGUGUGUGUGUGUGGUGUGCCCCCACUUGUGCUUUUGUUAUUCAGCUAGGCUGGGUACUCAAGGUCACAGUCACAAACAUCCUAGCCAUGAGUAUGCACAGUUUAUUUCCUGUUUUUAACAUCCUGUUUGAGUUGUCUUGAGGAGAGCACACUAUCUCUGCAGGCAAUGUUGCCUUUAUCAAUCAUGCUGAGGUUUCUUGACUCUCAGUCAACAGGAAAGGUCAGGUAGAUCCCUGGGUGAGGGGCUUCUUUCCCAUGUCCCUUGAUGUCCCUGUCUUUCUAUUCUGUCCCAAUUGUAUUCAAGUCCACUUCAGUGAACCGAUGAGUUCAUUGAGAUUACCUGCAAAUGUGUGCAUGAUGGGCUACUUUUAGGUGCAUGGAUGACUGAGGACCAAUAGCCCACCCUAGCAUGGGAAAACACUGUUGAAGACUACUUCACUGGAGCUCCUGACACAUCCCGCAAAGCUCCAGAAGGUAUCCUCUGGCCAGCAACAGUGUACUGCUUAUAUGAACUGAGAGGCCUCCUGAGUCUUGUGAGUUUCCUGAACCUCCCUUUCCUAUAAGAGCAAAUAUUUCCCCCACUGAGGAAACAGCUACACAGGGCAGGCCAAACAAGAGUUGAUUGAAAGAUGGUUACCAUCUUGAACAUACAGAUGCACAAGAUAAAACCAUAAAGGAGGCUGGAGAACAGGCUAGUCUGUUAUUAGCACUGGUUGCCCUUCCAGAAGACCCAGGUUUGAUUCCCUAGCACCGGUAAGGCAAUUCAAAACUGUUAAUGCCAGUUCCAGGAUAUCUAAUGCCCUCUUCUGGCCUCCUCAAGCACUGCAUACGUGUGGUGCAAAAUACCCAUAGACAUAAAAAUAAAAUUUAAAUUAAAAAAGAUAUGACCAUAAAAACUUAAACCAAACGAUGCAUUUUUCGAGAUGGCAUUACUAUGUAGUCUAGAGUGGUCUCGAACUCAGGAUCCUUCUGCCUCAGUCUCACUAGUGCUGGUAUGUAGCCGUGCACCUAGCCUUAAACGCUGUGAUUUUGGUAAAGUUAAUGUAAUGCAUCCUUACUUCCAAAAGUCUGGCUCGAAUAGCAGUUUCUGGAGGCAGGGACGGGAAACUCCGCGAAGAUGGCAUACAGACCAUGGGCUAGAUCCCUGCGUUCUCAUGUAGCCUUUUCCAAUCUUACAACACAUCCCGCUUCCGCCAGUUUAACUACCACACACUUCUCUGCCCUGAACAAACGGUGCAACAAAUCGUGUCAAGUCUGUCAGGGGACCCGAGGGCAUAAACACGCACAUUUCUACCUCUGCAAAACUCAGAGCCGUCACCAGGAAGGGGUUGCAACGAUGCUCCAGCGACCAGAUCGUGGAGCUGUGAAGUCCGGACCCAGGCACCCUAUCCCCAGUCCAGGGCGCUUCCACGGGCUCCCCAACGCCCUCUGGCUCAGUUGCUUACACUCCCAUGCGUCCGUCCUCCAUCUCCGUAGUUCUCCAUUCUCCACCUGGCACAGGCCAGCCUUGAGAGAGGAUCUGAGUUGCCACUUGCUAGACUUAGGUUGCCACGGGAAAAGUUCUCAGGAGAGUUCUUCGCACGAAUGGCGACGCGGCGUGGCCCUCGCGGCGGCCCGUAGGCGCCGGUUUUUAUCUUCCGGGCCACCCUUCUCAGGGAUCUCCGUUUAGCAGUCUUGCCGUAAGUGCUGUCUCUUCUCCAAGAACCGCUAGGUUUUUGGAAGGUCGGUAGCGGAAGAAAUCGCCAGGGUCCUCACAAACCUCCUCCUGGAAGCCCCGGACGUCGCGGCCGGAAGUACGCAAGCGCUGCGCCUUGACCUCGCCGUGUCCAGUUCCGGGGUCGUUCCGCUCCGCUGUCCAGGCCGCGGCGUUGGACUCCCUCUUCUGCUGGGCUGCUGCCUCCGGUACACCGGCCCGGCCGGCCCGAGCCGAGCGGAACCGAGCGGAUCCGGGUCCACUCGGCCCGGCCAUGAGCGCGGUCGCAUGAUGCAUCGCCGCUCGCGCCGCUGCAGCCGACGGCCGCGAGGAGCCGCAGCACUGGGCGACCCCACCCGGGCCUCGGGCCACAUCACACAGGACAACAUGCGCCUUACAGUCCUGAAAAAAAGGCACAAGUGCUCCCAUGAUGCUUAGAAGCAAUUUGUAAGUUGGAGGCCACAGGAAGUGCGGGGAAAGUCUGGGAAGAAAGACUGGAUUCAUAAACAGGAGACCUUAUGAAGGUUAAAAAUCACGUGCUAGAAGCAGCGUAUGAUUGAGGAAUCGAGAGGUGAAAACAGGAGCUGUCCGCAAAAGCUGUUGCCCACCUUCCGCAUUAACCUGGGGAGGAGGAAGCUGAGGUGGAGGAGGGCAGCCAGCUACAAGCUCAGCCUGGGUGUGACAGGGAAUCAUGCAGCCGUCAGGACACAGGCUCCGGGACAUCGAGCAUCAUCCUCUCCUGACCGACAAUGACACUUACGAUUCUGCGUCCUCUGAGGCCGACAUGGCAGACAGGGUGUGGUUCAUCCGUGAUGGCUGUGGCAUGGUCUGUGCUGUUAUGACAUGGCUUCUCGUCGUCUAUGCAGACUUCGUGGUGACCUUCGUCAUGUUGCUGCCUUCCAAAGACUUCUGGUACUCUGUGGUGAAUGGAGUCAUCUUCAACUGCUUGGCGGUGCUCGCACUGUCAUCCCACCUAAGAACCAUGCUCACUGACCCGGGGGCUGUCCCCAAAGGCAACGCCACCAAGGAGUACAUGGAGAGCUUGCAGCUGAAGCCUGGCGAGGUCAUCUACAAGUGCCCCAAGUGCUGCUGCAUCAAGCCGGAGCGUGCCCACCACUGCAGUAUUUGCAAAAGGUGUAUUCGGAAAAUGGACCAUCACUGCCCGUGGGUUAACAACUGCGUAGGAGAAAAGAACCAGCGAUUCUUCGUGCUCUUCACGAUGUACAUAGCUCUGUCUUCAGUCCAUGCUCUGAUUCUCUGUGGACUUCAGUUCAUCUCCUGUGUCCGAGGGCAGUGGACAGAGUGCAGCGACUUCUCACCUCCCAUAACUGUAAUCCUGUUGGUCUUCCUGUGCCUUGAGGGCCUCCUGUUCUUCACGUUCACCGCGGUCAUGUUUGGCACCCAGAUCCACUCAAUAUGCAAUGAUGAAACAGAGAUCGAGAGACUGAAGAGCGAGAAGCCGACGUGGGAGCGAAGACUGAGGUGGGAAGGAAUGAAGUCUGUCUUCGGGGGCCCCCCCUCCCUCCUCUGGAUGAACCCCUUUGUUGGCUUCCGAUUCAGACGGCUGCAAUUGAGGGCUAGGAAAGGGGGCCCCGAGUUCUCUGUGUGAGCCUUCAGGGCAGGGAUGUCUGCAGACAUCUUGAUGCUCCCUGGCCUGCAGACACAGCAGCCUGGUGGGCAGAUGGAGCGGGCCAGCUGACGGGGCCAGGAGCAGCUUCGUGGACUGAGGGCCGCAGGGGCUUGUCAGUUUUUUGUGUGUACUGCCAGGAGAAGCAUGCAGCCCCAGGAGGCCAUCCUGUCACCAUCCUGACACUUGGGAUGUCAUGUGGGCUGAGAGCAGAGCUGCUUCUCAAUCAUGAAGAAAGACGCCCAGCAGCAGCUGCUGGAGGCCUGCUGGCCCAUCCCCAGCACACUCCCUUUCCAGAAGGGUUUCCACAGAGACUUUGUGGCUUGGAGGGCUCCAACCCCUAGCACUGAACAGUGAAGAUGGCUUCCAGAACACUCCCUGCUGUCCGGAAUGGGCAUCCUUUGACCCUUCCAGCAAGUCUGUAUGUGCUCAUCUGUGUGUGUGUCUCUGUGUGCGUGUCUCUGUGUGUGUGCAUGCGCGCAUGUGUCAGAAUCAGCAGUGUUGUUCAGGCACGUGUGUGGUAGACAAGCUGUCUUUCCGACUCCAGUGUUUCAGGGAAGUGGGACGCACUGCUGGCCCUCGCUGGCCUUCUAUGAAUGUAUCAUACAGUGUCCAGAUCCAAAGAACAGGCAUGCCUGCGCAUGGGCCCGGCCUCCUGCUUUUAUUUCACUGAAAGUAGUAUUGAGGGCGUGGAGCUGAGGUUUUGUUGUUCCAGCCAAACUAACAGCAUGCAACAGUCCUCAACAAGGAAGGUGGUGCCCUGUGCUGAGGCCCAGCACUGCGGGGAGGGGCCAUGGGAGCUCAGCCUGAGAGAAGCGAGCCGCCUUGGCCCCUUUGGGCAGGUGCUGCAGGGGGCCAGCCUGGUGCCUGAGCUGUCAGAGCAGUGACUGAUGACUUUAUUUCUCCACAUGGCGCUGCAGUCAGAGUGCACCCUUGGUGCGGCUUCGAAUACGGCAGUACACACACAGCUCCCCUCGGGGACUUGCCUUAAACUUCUAGGUUGUUCCUUUGCUGCUGAGUGAGAGCGGUCUGACAGAGGCUGGGGACUUGUGAGUCCGCUCCCAUGCAGACACCAGUGUUUCCCUGUUGGGACCAGCUGCCUUUCUGUCUUGUGAUACCAUGACUGUUGGCCAUGUCAGUCGCUUUUGCCCGGCCCUCCUCUGGGCUUCUGUGCCACUGAGGGGAACCCCAGGACCUGUGAGCCUAGCCCUAAUGCAGUGAGCAAACUGUGGGGCGGCCUCAGAUUGUCUCUGCAUUCAUUUGCACAUGUGUCUGGGCAUGCAGGCUCUGGUGGUGUCAUCCUCCAGUGUGGAAUCUGUGGCGGUGAAUCCAAGCUGAGUAUACUUGACUUUUCAACUCCUCAGUGUGAUUUUAUAUGAAAUAAAGUGACCCGUCCACAGUUCUCA